UGAAUCUUGUGAGGGUUUCAUUUCAUGGAACGGUACGGGUACGGGUACGGGUCAGAUAAUGGUCCAUACAGCGGUGACAGGAGGCUCGAGAUCGUGAGCGGGAAAAGCUACGGCUACGCGAGUCGGACUGAGUCGUAUGGUGAGGUAACUCGGGCGAGUCACGGUGGAGCAGGAUCGGUGGAGAAGCCUUGGAGCUUUGGGGGGGCGCAGACGAAGAGGAGAAAGAGAAUAGCUAGGUAUAAGGUUUAUGCGGUGGAGGGUAAGGUUAAAGCUACGCUCCGGAGUGGAAUCCGAUGGAUCAAACAUACGUGUUCCCGGAUUGUCCAUGGAUACUAAUUACCCACCCGUAUUCUCUCUUUGCGGUUCUAUUUAUUUUUUAUUUUUUAUUUUUAUAAAAAAAUAUUUAAAAUGAAAAGAUAAUAUUCCGGUCUAAGACAUAGACAGAGAAGACUUGUGUGUGUUGUGUUGUGGCUACUGCCCAAAUCUGCAAUACUAUCACCAUCACUUUUUUUGUCUUGUUUUCUGUGGUUCUGUAUUGUUGGUAUGUGAGCUAUUACUUUUAGGGUAAAUGUUAUAAAUCCGUAGAGUUGCCUUCAUUUCUUGGAUUUUAAUAAAGACCUCCUACUUAAGUUUUUAUUAA